CAGAUGGUUCCAGACCAGUCACAUGAAGUUGUGAUUGUGUAUAUGAAAUUCAAAAUAAAUUUUGCUGCCAGAGUUGUUUGCAAUAUAAAUCAUGUCUGGACUAAUUGUGUUAUUGAUGAGCAUGUCUCAGGUUUUACACUCGACAGAAGUAUUUUUUCAGGCACUGAUUGCUUGCAUUGCAUAGAUUUCACAGCUAAUAGAUCCGGUAUAGACGCAGGUUUCCAAUCCGUUAUUGAUGGAAUAAAUAUGUUAAACACAUCUAGAUGUUUUGAUACAAAUAAUACAACACUCCUUCGGUGCAAACCAGCUCUAGGUUACCAGAAAGUACAGAGAUGUGGAAUUUUCAAAGGGACAAUUAUCUUACAUCAGUGGUCUUUUCACCUAAAUAUACUUACGGAGAUAACAGCACAAGGAUGUUUUGAAGUUGACAGAAGAACAAAGACUGGAUGUUACACAGAUCCAUUUAUGUUAAAUGAGCAGAAAACAAAUCUAGCAAAUUUCUUGCUAAAAGAAAUUGGACAUUUGAAAAUUCAAACAUUCAAUGUCACUGAUGGCCAGUUUUGUAUAAAUCAGUCAUUUGCUUCUGGUCGUAUUGAAAAGGCUUCAAACAAAUCGAUAUUAGCUACCGAAGAAAGCAAAAAUAGGUCCGCAAUGCUAAAAUUUAAAUAUUGUUCAAUAUUAGUUUUUGUGAUUUUCAUGUUUAGUGAUUUUUGAGAACUUCAAUAGUACUUUAAUGUUUUAGAUGA